GUGCCCGCUGCUAGCUGCUGCGGCAGGGUUUUGGUCGAUCCACAAGCGGCGGGCUUUCCCCGGAUGGUUGCAGCAGAGGGAUCAUGACGGGGAAGAAGUCUUCCCGGGAGAAGCGGCGCAAACGAAGCGGUCAGGAGGCGGCGGCGGCGGCGGCGCUCGCGGCGCCGGACCCGGUUCCCGCCGUCGCCAGCGGCGGCAGUGGAAGCACCAGCGGCUGCGGGAGCGCCAGCGGCUGCGGGAGCGUCACCUGCUGCGGGAACACCAGCUUGAGUGGAAGUGUCACUGGCGGUGGGAGCUGCGGCAGCUGCUGGGCUGGGGGCAGCGUGGAGCGCAAUGAGCGCCGUAAGCGGAGGAGCACUGACUCAUCUGCCAGCGUCUCCGGCUCCUUGCAGCAGGAAGCCAAAUAUCUUUUGCCAACUCUGGAAAAAGAGUUAUUCUUGGCAGAGCACAGUGACCUUGAAGAAGGUGGAUUAGACCUGACUGUGGCAUUAAAACCAGUUAGUUUCUAUAUAUCAGACAAAAAAGAAAUGCUUCAGCAGUGUUUCUGUAUCAUAGGAGAGAAGAAGUUACAGAAGAUGCUUCCUGAUGUGUUAAAGAACUGUUCAAUAGAAGAAAUUAAAAAACUGUGCCAGGAACAGUUAGAGCUCCUGUCUGAAAAAAAAAUCUUGAAGAUUCUUGAGGGUGACAGUGGUAUGGACUCUGAUGUGGAAGAAGAGGCAGAUGAUGGCUCUAAGAUGGGAUCUGAUUUAGUUAGUCAACAAGACAUCUGUGUAGAUUCUACCUCAUCCCUGAGAGAGAACAAGCAACCUGAAGGUUUGGAAUUAAAACAAGGCAAAGGGGAAGAUAGUGAUGUACUCAGUAUAAAUGCAGAUGCUUAUGACAGCGACAUAGAAGGCCCAUGCAAUGAAGAAGCAGCUGCUCCCGAGGUCUCAGAAAAUACAGUCCAAAGUGAAGCUGGUCAGAUAGAUGACCUGGAGAAAGACAUUGAGAAAAGUGUGAAUGAGAUUCUGGGACUGGCAGAGUCUAGCCCAAAGGAACCGAAAGCCGCCACCCUGACUGUUCCUCCACCAGAAGAUGUUCAGCCUUCUGCACAGCAGCUGGAGCUGCUAGAACUUGAGAUGAGGGCAAGAGCUAUUAAAGCCCUAAUGAAAGCUGGUGAUAUAAAAAAGCCAGCCUAGUUUAUUUAAAUUGUAUCUGAAUAUUAGAUGUGUUUGAACAAAGCCACAUCAUAUAAUUUUGUAUCUAAAGUUUAUUUGGGGUCUUACAUGAUAUUUCUCAUGUAACUCUUAUUAGAUAAACUCAUUUUAGGCCUAAAAUACAUGUUUUUGUUGUUGUUGUUACUUUUGUAUUAUAUAUGUUAUUGUUUUCUGAAUUCAUGGCAAAUAUCAUUGGGUAACCGGGAUACUUUGUUAGAUGAGUAUUUAGCUAUAUCUGCAAAUUAAUACCAUAAAAGCCAUUAGCAAAGAGUCAUGGUAUUUUUUUCUUUAUUUUGAAAUGUUUUGACAUCAAACCAAAAAGUUUAUGAAAGAUUGACCAAGCAUGUUGCCUUUAGGCUACCUGUAUUUUGCGAUAGAAUAUUAAAUUAUUGCUCCUAGGUUUGUUAACAAUUUAAGAAAUUUAGUUAUGCUUAUAUGCACUUUUAAAAUAUAUACUGCAUUGAAGAUGCCUUCUAUGGGUGUGGACUUGCUAGUAAAAACUGAGUGACAUUUUUGUUACAAGACUUAGAGAUCCAAAAUGGCUGAGAAAAGCUUUCUUUAUAAAAGAGAAAAAGGACUUAAUUUAAAGCAUUUUUUAACAAUGUAGAAGUAAUUGCCCAACUUUAAUUCCAGCAGACAAGUUAUUCUAACAGGUAUUUGAUAUUACUGGACGCUUAGUUCAUUUUUUUUUCCUUCAAUAAAAAGGGAAGGGCUUCCCCGGUGGCGCAGUGGUUGAGAGUCUGCCAGCCGAUGCAAGGGACACGGGUUCGUGACCCGGUCCGGGAAGAUCCCACAUGCCGCGGAGCGGCUGGGCCCGUGAGCUAUGGCCGCUGAGCCUGCGUGUCCGGGGCCUGUGCUCCGCAACGGGAGAGGCCACAACAGUGAGAGGCCCGCGUACCGCAAAAAAAAAAAAAAAAAAAAAGAAGGGAACACAUUUUAAUUUACAUUCCAAGCUAUUAGGAAAAGGAGACUAUUUCAUCGUACAGCCUUUCAUCCGAUGUUUUUGCUUGAAGAUCUGAUGUGCUAUAAUUAAAAUAAUUAAUUUUAAAUUAAUGAAUUAAAAAUAAUAAAGACUAUCAUUCUGGAUCUGAGGACUUUUGAUACAUUUCCAAAAAUGAAACUAAUUUCAGGAAGCUUUGAUAAGUUGAUGUAAUAAUUAAUCUAAUUUUGUAUAGUUUUUGUAAAUAACAUCCUGCCACAAUUAUGGAUGCUUGCCCCAUCACUAAUUGUAGUUGUUUGAUACCAAAAUGAAUUUAGGCGGAGACUCUUAAAAUAAAUUAAUUUUUUUCUAAAAGAUAAAUCUGGAACUGUUGUUUUUAUAUUUGCUAACAAAAACAGUAUAUUUUAUUUAUAAGCCAUGUUCUGUUAAUGUUGUAUGAGGAUUUUCCUUAUACACAAAACUUACAGGGAUUGUGUCUUACUAGCUGGCUUCAUUAUAUGUAAAUUUUAGAGGGUUUCUUAUGAAAAUAGUAUUUAUGAAACACUGGAGUUGCAGUUAAUAAAUUCAUUUUUGUUGUUCCUGAA